GCAUCACGGACCGACUGACGUACGGAAUCUUUCUGCUCGCACUCGCAAUUGUCCAUUUUUGCUCCGCCAGUGAAGUGUCGGACUAUUUUUCACUCCCAAAAGUUGUACUUUUCUGCAAGCGCAAGAAAACCCAUAUCCUCGGCAAGAUGCAGGGACUAACGAUGGCUAGUUUGAAGAAGAACCCAGCGCUGAUCCCGCUGUACGUGUGUAUCGCGAUGGGUUCGGCUGGAGCCGUCUUCUACACCCUUCGUCUGGCGCUGAAGAGCCCCGAAGUUACCUGGAGCCGCAAGAACAACCCCGAGCCGUGGGAGGAAUACCGGACCAAGCAGCAUAAGUUCUACUCUCCGGUCAGGGAUUACUCCAACAUUAGCAGCCCGGCCCCGAAGUACACCGACUAAAGUGUCAGCACAUUGUCAGCCACUGAAGAGGCGCCACCGGCUAUAGAAUGGGGACGGGGAAUCACCACUCUAAUAUAUACCCUAGCAUCAAUAAAACUGGCCGCGGAACGACAACACCGGACGCCCAUUCUCCCUCCCCUAUAGUAGUGCAGAUGUAUUAUUUGUCAUUUGAGCAGCCGCUGGAAAAGACUCAAAGGAUAAACGGAAUUCGAUCGACUAAUUGGAACACAUUUAGCACGCAGUGAUGAAACGCAUACUUUGGAUAAACAACAUCCCAUCCCAAAACAACAAGCCACGGGACGAUUGGUGCUUAUUCUAGUUUGGUUGGCAGUUAGAACUUCUUAUUUGUAAAUAUGGUCCAAUCUGUAUGGGUGUGUAUGGUGAAACGGAACCAAUUGCGCGGCAAAUAAAAUCUGCUGAUUUUGAAAACCAA